CUCGCCGUCAUGGCCUCCUGCCGCCGUUCGCCGUCGCCACUUGCCGUUCCGGCCCGGUCUGGAGCGCCGUUGGUAGGUCACGGAAAACAGGAGCGCUCUCCACCGACCAGUAUUGUGCAGUUUCGGGCCGCCGGCAUCCCUCCAUAGGAUCCAUGAUGACAAUUGACAAACCCUAACCAAUAUGUGGUCUCUGAUUGCGUAAACCGCCCCAAUAGAUACGUAGGAGUAUAUACUUAUACUAGUACUAUAAAUAGAGCAGCCAACCUUUUCCGCAAGCGCGUAACCCUAGCCGGGACCGGGAGGGCAUUAUCCACAAUCCACUGCAGACGGGCGACCGACAUCCUUCUCUUCCAGAUCUACCGCUGUUCCUUCCUUCCCGGCUAAGCUCGACGCACGGAAUCAGCUAGGAUAGUUUGCGCGAUGACUGCAAAAACCAGUAGGAAGGAGAGAGGCAGCAACAGUGGCAAGUGGUCUGGGCCGAAGCCGACCGAAGCUGCGAUGAAGAAGUGGAAAGUUCGGAAAGCUAUCAUAGAGCAGGCUCGAGCUAAGGAACAGUUCUUCAGGGAAAAGGAACCUGACCGACAUGUUACUCCAUUCAGACCCACAAAAUUUGGUGGCUGCGUCCAGGAAAUUUCGGAUUCGCAUUUCAGCCACAGUGUUGGCUCAAUUGCUCUGCUCGAGGGAGAAAAGAUAGUAUUCGCAUGCUCCGGAACAGCCGUACGACGCUGGAACAAUAUAAUACAAGAUCCCCAUACAGUAUUUGUGACUAGCUCACGUUUGGUGGUGGAAUUUGAGAAUAACAGAACCAGAGAUGAUGAUUUUGUGGUUCAAAUCCGUCGUCCUGAUGGUACAACUAUCCAUGGGUUGUUGGGGUUAUGGGAUGAAAAAAUGGGAAUUGCUAUUGUCACGGCCUUCAACACCCGACAUCUCUACCCUGUGGAUACAUGUGGCCCUCUGGAUCUGCACCGAGACGACACACAUAAGCUUAAUCUAUUUGCAGCUGGUCGUGACUUCGACGGCACUUUGAUGAGCAUAAAAUGCAAUGAUCCUCAUUUCAAAGAUGGCAUUGGGUUUUGCAAAUGUGGUGUCACAGAGGCUGGACUUGGAGGGCCAGUUAUACUAUUUAACGGCGGUGAAGGGCGCUUUGCUGGGGUGAUAACUAAGUUAUGUCCAGGCGGUUUCUUGUUCAUACCAACGGAGCUACUUCAUGAACGGUUGCAGCAAUUUGAGAUACCCAGGUAUUAUCUUCUGGCUAGUAAGUAUUUAUGAGUUGCUAGCGCAAUGCCCGUGUGUUGCUACCAAGCCAUAAAAAGCUGAGUAGUUAGGUUACUGGCUUAGUAGAUCGUCGAAAGACGUUGGUAUACGACAUAUAAAAGAGAAUGAGAUACAAUUAGAGAUGUUGUGCCAGGCGUUAGAGAAUCUUAAGGGGUCAUUGUAGGUCCUUUCCAAGAAUUUAAGUGAAGCAACUACAAGAAACAACAACAACAAAGUCUUUCGGUCCCAAACAAGUUGGGGUAUGCUAGUGUCAUGGUUCUGGCACAUGGAUAGCUAACUUCCACGUACCACUGUCCAUUGCUAGUUUUUUGGUGAUAUUUCAGUUCUUCAGAUAUCUUUUUAUGGACUCCUCGCAUGUCAAGUUUGGUCUAGCGGACCUCUAUUGACAUUAUUAGCUCACUUUAAACGCCCUCUAUGCACCGGUGCUUCUGCAAGCAUGCGUUGUAUAUGCCCACAUAAUCUCAGACGAUGUUGGAUAGAUUUAGGUUUAUCUUGAAGGUAGCAUUUGAAAUUUUGAAAACAGACCUAUUGUUGCUCUGGAGUUACAAUUUGCUCUCUCUCUCUCUCUCUCUCUCCUCACAAAUAUAAGAUGUUCUAACUCUUUUUCAGAAUAGGAUAUAUAUAGAUAUGUUCUAGUGUGUUUGUUCACUCAUUUCAGUUCGUAUAUAAUCCAUAUUGAAGUAUCCAAAACAUCCUAUGGAAUAUAUUGGAAGAAUUGUUUGCAGGAGAAAAUUGAACCAAGAGCAUAAUUUUGAGGUAGUCUCAUUUCUGCAUUUUCCAUUUGUGCCUUUUACAAGAGUUUUGAUCUCACAUGAAGUAAAAGUACAUUUGUUGAUUUACCUCUUUUGAGAAGUUACUACUUCACAUGUGGAUAGGAGUACAUUUGUUUAUUUAUGAAGGUUGUUCGUCCCACAUGUGAACUCGCCACGAACUUCAACCUUUAUACAUGUCCCCGAUUUGCUUAUCUAUAGAAGUUCCAAAUACCCCUCUUGUUCCACUUGAAUUUGAUGUUGUUGCUUCAAUGUUGAAGCUUGGGUAUUUGCCUAAAUGAAGAAGAGCAUGAGCAUUUCGUUCAGGUGGGA